AUGCUGAUGGUGGAUGUGUGGGUGCUGGUUGGGCAUCCGGACGACUUUCUGCAGUGGGCGAGAAGGACAGUUCCGACGCUUAUUGGCGCCAACGCGAUCGGGACCUGCUUGUUCAACGCGCUGCAGCAAGCUGUGCAGUUACUGGGUGAGCCAUCAGCAGUGCCGGACGCCGAAGUAGAGCGAUUUCUCGCUGAUGCUGACAAGCGUGGAGCUGAUUUGUCUCGCGGCGUCCGCUGGAAGGUUUUCAAGGCGUUUCUGGUCCAGCUAAGCGUGCUGGAUCGCGCAUUUCACUCAAGGACCUUGAGUACAAUCGGCAGCGUACUGGACACCGUGGUAUUGCUGGCAUCAAGCGUCUAA